UCUGCUUAUCUAUUUAGGACUCCAUGUUAAUGGUUUUUUUAACAUGUGAUUACAUUUGAGUCCAGAAGAAGGGGUAAAAGUCUCUCUACUCAUUUCAAACUACUCUUUUUCUUUCUUUUUUUUUACUCUGGAUGGACAGAAUGACAUGUCUUCUGUUGGUCUGCACUGGGACGAGCUUCUGAUGCCUCUGUUACAGAAAUACAAGCUUAACAUAACCUGGGGUGAUCAAGAUCUGAUCAAUAUCAUCUUCCAUUUCAAUCCAGAGAUGGUAUUUACCUUCCCCUGCCACUGGAACUACCGCCCUGACCACUGCAUCUAUGGCAGCAACUGCAUCCUGGCAGAAGAAGAGGGUGUUUUAAUGCUACAAGGCAACAGAGGAGUGUUUCACAGUGACAAACAGACAGCCUUCAAGGCUGUGUAUGAUGCUUUCAAACAUUACAUGUUUGGAGAGGAUCUCAUAAAAUCAUUCUCGUUACCCCUGGAGGAGGCGCUGAAUGGAACCACUCACACAUACUGCAGGAAAGUUAGUCAUUUCUUUACCAGAGGACUUGGAAUGUCUGUAAGGAAGAUCCAGAGAAUGCUUCCAGCAGUUGGCUGAGCUGUAAUGUUGUUGCUGAAUAAUGACAGAAAAGUAUUCUCUGAGACAGGAUCGGAGCAUCGCUGCU